AUGACCACUAGUGGAACGAAACCCACAGACCCGGGUUCACAUUUCUAUCUCGCCGGUUCAGAUAAUCCUGGCAUUCUCUUGACAAAUGUUAGGGAAGCAAAUUAUGAGAACUGGGCAAAACUCAUGAAAAAUGCCCUCAAAUCAAAAAACAAGUUGGGAUUCAUUGAUGGAUCCAUUAAGAAACCUGACAAGGCGCAAGCAGAGGAGUGGCGCGCCUGGGAGAUGUGUAAUUCCAUGAUCAACGGAUGGAUACACAAUACCAUCGAUCAGAAAUUGCAACCAUUCAUUAAGUGCUUUGAUGAGGUAAAAGACCUCUGGAAUGACCUGAAGGAAAGGUAUGCUGUCGAAAAUUUUACUCGUCAAUACCAACUCAAGGCUAGUUUGGCCACCAUAAGGCAGCAAGGUACCACCAUUGCAGAAUACUACAUGCAGCUACGCGCUGUCUGGGAUGAGCUCGCCAGCAGCAAAACUUAUACACAUUGUCCGUGUGGAGCAAACUGCGCAUAUGCAAAGGCAGUUGAAGAAGAAAUGGAACAUGAUCAGGUAUACAAGUUCCUUAUGGGCCUUGAUGAUGUCUAUGGCAAUUUGCGGUCUCAAAUCCUCAACAAUUCACCUCUUCCAACGAUGAAUAAGGUGUAUGCCAUUAUGACCCAGGAAGAGACUCACAGAAUUCUGGAGGGAAUACUCAGUAAUCUGCUAGAACUGCAGAUUGAUAGUUGCCAUCUGCUUCACUAA